AUGAGUAAAAGAAACCCAAGAGAAGCAAAUUCGACCAAAGAAGCAAUUGAAUAUGUCUGCAAUGUCCUCGCUUUUUAUGGGAUUCGAUAUUUAAACCCUGAAGUGUUUAGGCAAGCUCGCUUAGGAAAUCCAGAAGUGGUAAUAUAAAACUCAGUCAGAGAGAUUAUGAACAGGGCUAUUUCAUCUUAUCGUUCUCCAUCUUCGAGGCUUCGAAAUCAGGGUUAGUAAUCCUCCUCAAGAUAUGACCUUAAUUCCUCAUUUAACAGCUUAUGUCCUCAACAAAUGGGGUUGCCCAGUCCAUCUACAAUCCAAUUCUUCUCAAUUGCAGCUUUUAGCCUUUGGCUGGCUUGCCGACCACACAAAUUUAUUCCAAAACUACGAGUCAAAUUUCUGUGCAUCUCCUACACCAUUUGCCAGUAUAGAAGACCUUAACCAAAAAGCUCAAGAAUAUUUAAACGAAAACAUGCCCUCGCCCUCUGCAAUUACCCCAUCCACAAUAGUAUCAAUUUAUCGUGCUCUAUUAAUCCAAAUAAGAGAGACUUUCCAGCAUAUUUCAUAUACAGCCAAAUUAAUUAACCAGGUUCAUUCUGCAGACCCCAGCUUAGACCCUGAGGAUUUAUGAGUAGCCUCAAAAGAAAGCAGAAUACAAGAAUUUGAAGUAGCAGCUGGAAUUAAUGAAAAUUUGGAAAAGAAAAAAGAAGAAAAUGCAAAGCACCGAGCAGUGUUUUGGGCUUGGCUUGAUGCCAUGCUAAAAGAUAUCCCUGCACAGAAUGCUACAGAAAUUCAAAAAAAUGAAGAAAAUUUGGUUGUUAGCGAGAUUACUGAGGAGUAAGGAAUAUGCAGUGUUGAAGAAGUUUAUAGUGAAGUUGUAGCUGCUUGAAAAGAUAUUGAAGGGCUAUUACCAAGGAUAAGGGGAAAAUGAAGUGAAGUUGAAGAAGCAAUCCAUGCGAGACUUGAUGAAAAUAGUUUAGCUCAGUGGCAGGAAAAUUUAGACCAGAUAACACAAGAGCUUUCUAUGAAAUUUAUUAGUUUAGAAGAAAUCACAGAAAAACUUAUAAAUUCACAUACAAUACCAGCAAUAAUACCACUUCAUCCUAAAAUAAUCAAAGACAGAAGUGAAGGAGAAGAACUUUUGCUUAAAAAACUGCCAAAGCUUGAACAAGAGUUUAAUAAAAUGCAAGAAUCUUUCCGAUCAACAAUCUCGAAAUCCCUUCAAAGCAUCCCAGGUAUAAGAGCAUAUAAUUUAUAG